UGACGCAGACCGCUCUGAGGCUGAGAGAGUGUGACGUAAUCACCCUGCGACAGUUCCGUUUUUACGCAGUUAGUUUAAUGGGCUCGCGAGAGUGUUCCGGUCCAGAUUCUGGUUUUGUUACCGUUUUCUUUAGCAGCCGGAGACCUUCAGAGUCCAAUAGAGUCCGUUCCCAGACCAGGACCCCCUAUGGUUAGGAUCAGGUCUGAGUUAGCCCGUUUGUCUGAGUCGUUAGCUUAGGUUAGCUUAAAUUAGCUGCUGGGUAACCCGAAGUGCGUUUGUCUCCCUGAUGGAGUGUCCCGGAGGAGGGGGGGAGGGCGCGCCGCUGGGAGGGGUGAACGUGCCGGCCUUCCUGACCAAGCUGUGGACCCUGGUAGGGGACCCGGACACCGAUCAGCUGAUCUGCUGGAGCCCGGUGAGCCUGUUAGCAUUUUAGCAUGAUAGCUCUACUAGUGAAAUUCUGAAGAACUACAGCUGAAGUAAAAAUAACCCAAAGAAAACUAAACAAUAAAACUAACCAACAAAACCAACUAAUUUAACCAAACUAAUCUAAACUUAAACAAACUAAUGUAACUAACCCUGACUAGACUAAACUAAACUGACUUUUCUAACUCUGACUAAACUAAACUUAACAAACCCUGAGUUAACUAAACUCAACUAACUUAACUAACACUAACUAAACUCAACUAACUUAACUUUGACUAAACUCAACUAACUUAACUAACUCUGACUAAACUAAUCUCAACUAACUUAACUAACCCUAAACUCAACUUACUUAACUAACCCUAACUAAACGAAACUAACCUAACUUACCCUAACUAAACUCAACUAACUUAACUAACCCUAACUAACUUAACUUAUCCUGACUAAACUAAACUAACUUGACUAACCCUGACUAAACUAACCUAACUAACCCUGACUAAACUAAACUAACUUAACCUACCCUGACUAAACUAACCCAGUUAACCAAAGUAAACAAGCAAAACUUAACUUAACCAAUUAACCCUAACUAACUGUAAGGAUGGUUCGUUUUUCUCCAGGUGACUUCUUCAGCAGGUCUGACUCUCACCUGUAUUUUACGGAUCAUGUAGAUGUUUUGCUGACCUCAUACAGAAGGUCAAACAAAUCCAUAUAUGGAAACAACACAACAUAUUUUAGGAGCAUGAGUCGGUUCAGUAGGUCCUGGUUUAGGAUGAUUCCAUAAGACGUCUGAGCUCCUCAGUUCAACCACCCUAAAGGGUGAUGGGUGAUAUUGGCAAAAAAAUUGAUCACAAUAAGUUUUUGCCGUUAUGGCAAUAACGAUAAAAGUUGGUGUGUUAUUCUGUCUUGAGAACGCCAGUUUCUAUAGUCAAAUAAGAAACUUAACCCCAGGUUGAAGUGGAAGGUUAUGGAGAAAAUAAAUUACAUGAAACAAGUUUGAAAACAUUUUAGACACUUAUGAAUAAACUCUUAUUUCACCGAGUGAACAGAUCCACUGUCCGAUGUCGAGUUUACCUGAUCUUCUAACCCCCGAUCUGGAAGGAAAUCCCCCAUGUGCAGCCUCAGAAAUGUCUUCCUCACCACCUUGGCCAUGUUUUUUUGUUAUUCUGCUCUGUGUGAGUCCGUCGCUCGCACUAACUUCAUCAACUUGCAUUUAUCAGGAGAUGACAAAUAGAGGAUUUUGAUGAUGAUAAAUCAUGAACAGUGAUUUAUCGCCCAUCCCUAACGGUUAAAAAAUCAUCCAAACACUAAACAAGAUGACUCAAAAUACUGGAGGAGGACUGUGUCAAAGACAGCAGAAGAUCCAUGAGAACUAAAACUGACCCUUAUGGAGCCAAACUCAACGAUUCCGUUAGCGAUACGUUUCAGGAGAUCGGUGACAUAAAUCCAGACUGAUUCAGAUCGAGUCGAUCGUUAACGUUUCCAAGUGAAUUUUGUCCAGACUUAACAAAGUCAGAGGAGGUUCAUGAAGUUAAAGUUGAGCUCAGGUGUUUCUCUAAUUAGAAAUCAUCUGAGAAAUCAUACACACCUGUCCACACCCUUCCUUUACCUGCCCCAUUUGGUGUUAACCUGUGUGUGUGUGUGUGUGUGUGUGUGUGUGUGUGUGUGUGUGUGUGUGUGUGUCAGAAUGGGACGAGUUUCCAUGUCUUUGAUCAGGGUCGGUUCUCCAAAGAAGUUCUUCCAAAGUUCUUCAAGCACAACAACAUGGCGAGCUUCAUUCGACAACUCAACAUGUGUGAGUGUGUGACAUCACUGCUGACAUUACUGCUGACAUCACUGCUGACAUCACUGCUGACAUCACUGCUGACAUUACUGCUGACAUUACUGCUGACAUCACUGCUGACAUCACUGCUGACAUUACUGCUGGUGUCACUACUGACAUUACUGCUGGUGUCACUACUGACAUCACUGAUAUCACUGCUGACAUCACUGCUGACAUCACUGAUAUCACUGCUGACAUCAACUGUGUGUGUGUGUGUGUGUGUGUGUGUGUGUGUGUGUGUGUGUGUGUGUGUGUGUGUGCGUGUGUGCGUGCGUGCGUGUGUGUGCGUGCGUGUUAGACGGGUUCCGGAAGGUGGUCCACAUUGAACAGGGCGGUUUGUUGAAACCUGAGAGAGACGACACAGAGUUCCAACAUCCGUUCUUCAUCCAAGGACAAGAUCACCUGCUGGAGAACAUCAAACGAAAAGUGACGUCUGUACGUAGAAAGUUCUGUGUCUGCUGUUUGAAGCCAAGAUCAAAGCUCACUGGGGUAUAUGUCUGUGUCUGUGUGUAAGGUGGCGGUGCGGCAGGAGGACAUGAAGGUUUCUGCAGACGAGGUGAACCAGAUCUUGAACGAUGUGCAAGUGAUGAAGGGAAAACAAGAAACCAUUGACUCCAGGAUCAUCGCCAUGAGACAGUAAGAGUGCCUGGUCCUGGACCAGAACCAGAAUUAAAACCUGGACUGGGACGAGGACUAAAGCUGAGUCUGCUGUAUGUUCAGCAGGUUAUUAAUAAAGCUUGUGUGUGUGUGUGUGUGUGUGUGUGUCAGUGAGAACCAGGCUUUGUGGAGGGAAGUGGCCAGCCUGAGACAGAAACAUGCCCAGCAACAGAAAAUGGUCAACAAGGUAACCACACACACCUGUCCAUCUGUUAACAGAGUAAUCAAUAAAUCACCUGUCCAUCCAUUAAUAGAGUAAUCAAUAGCCUAAUAUCACCUAUCAGAAGUUUAGGCUGAAAUCUUGAUGUUUCCUUGUCAUGUGACAGUGUCUUUUUUGCUGGUUUAGUGAAUUAGGAUUUACAGUCUCCUCUCUCCGUCUGCCCCCCCAGCUGAUCCAGUUCCUGGUGUCCCUGGUCCAGUCCAAUAGGAUCAUGGGGGUGAAAAGAAAGAUGUAAAGAAAAGAGACACAGAGACUCACAAACAUCAGAUUACUCACACACACACAGCCACCAUUUAUUGUGUUGUUUGGGUGUGUUAACUGUGUAAUUGUAUGAAUUGUGUGUAUAUAGUGUGUCUGUUCUUUACAAGAGGUGUUUUCUGUGUGCAGGCCCCUGAUGCUGAAUGACUCAAACUCCGCCCACUCCAUGCCCAAAUAUAGUCGUCAGUACUCUUUGGAGCCAAUGCAGGUAACUGGCUAUAUCCCCAAAGAAAUUUGUGUCUCUGUUUACAAACAGAUUUGAGCUCAGUGUGUCUCUGUUAACUAACCGAUCUGGGCCUAUUCUACGAAGCAAGUUCGACCGCUCAACUCAGCGCGGUAGCCAGCGGUCUCGCUAAACGGUCAUACGACGCUGGUUAUCAACCUUGUAAGUGGAUCCAGCUUCGCUAUGAACGCGUGAACGCAUGUAAGGCGGAGCCCGCCGCAUAUGACCAUUCACGAAUAUGGACCAGUCUGGAGCGUCAGAGCAGGCUGGAGAGCUAAGGACCGCAGACUUUACAAACGAGGAGCAGGAGACGAUCAUGAGAAAGUAUGAAGAAUUCAAAUCUAUCAUAAACCUCAGAAGCAACACCGUCACGGCUGCAAAAGCACGAAAGGAAUACUGGCAGAAAACUGCAGACAGUCUCAAUUAGUGCUGGGCGUUAUGGAAAAAAAAUGUAUAUCACGAUAUGGAUCAUUUUAUAUCACGAUAAUGAUAUACCACGAUAUAGCUACGGUAUGCUUUCAGUUCUAUGAAAAAUUAAAGUGUAUACAGCUGCACUAGUACAGUACCAGUACAAGACCAGCACUUAAAACUAGAAAAAUGAAUAAAUAAAUACGUGGAUGAAGUGUGUUCAUGUCUGUGCUCACCCAAAGUUAUGCAACACUCACAGAAAACGCCGAGUGUGAGCCAAAGCACUCCAUAAUAAUAAUAAUAAUAAUAAUAAUAAUAAUAAUAAUAAAUUUAAUUUGUAAUGCACUUUACAUUUACAAAAAAUCUCAAAGUGCUACAGUACACAGUAAAAAAAGAGCAGCAACAAUAAAAAAACAAUAGAAUGACAGUCACAGAUUGGCAUAAAAAAAGAAUUUAAAUAAAUAAAGAAUAUAGAGUUUCAAUGUAAGAGGCAAGGUAGUAAAAGCAUAGAGGAAAACUAACCAAAGGCUUCAUUAAAAAGGUAGGUCUUUAGGGCUGUUUUGAAGAGGUUGUUCACACUGCUAGAUGUUUCUCCUCCAAAGCUGCUCUCUGCCUCCAUCAUUGUUUACUUUACUCUUGAAGCACGUGGGAAGACCCGAGCAUGAAUCCGAGCGCUUUAUUCGCCUAUCAGGGGCAGACAGGUAAGGUGAUUUGAUUCGCCACGACUCCAGAAAUGAUUGAAAAACUACAGAAUGUCACAAAAUCACGUUUCCUCGCUGCUGGUUCGAAGGGUAGAAAUGCGCAGCCGCGCUCCCAGCUGACAGGAAGUCAAACCACUGUUGUAGUUCUUCUGUGUUGCUAGCGCGGUCAAGAGUGUUAGCUCUCACUGAGAGAUGACUACAAAAAUGGACGCACCUGUUCAUCUGGUUGUUAAACACGGCUGAAAAUGAUCAUCUUUUCAUGUUGUUCCCGCUCCUGCCCACUCCCGUUGCUUUUUUUCCCGUCCCGUCCCGAUCAAGGGAUUAAUUAAAAAAUGACUCCCAUCCCGCGGGAAUCACGUGACCCACGGGAAUUCCCGAAAAAUGUCAUCCUCUACAGGGAAGGUCCCGGAGCAGAUGAAACAGGUGCCGGAGCGGCUGAAAUAGGUCCCGGAUCGAUCAAAAGAGGUCCCGGAUCGCGCUCCGACUUGCUCCGGCACAAAUUAAGCACUGCUUACAAUGAUCCCCUCACGUGUGUAACCCAGGUAACCCGCAACGGCGGGAGACGCUGGACACAAAGAGGGCACGUAAAGCGGCGUCAUGUCGCAAAAUCGAAAGAGAAAUGCGAGCCUACAUGUCAACGCAUCCUUUUCUUUAUAAGGAAAUAUUGUUUUCUCUCCCGUUCGACACCAAAUACACUUACUGAAUGUGCAAUUAUUGUUGUUGUUACUAUGAAUCAUCUGAUGGAACAAGCUCUAUGGAUAAAAUACAGCCUAUCGCCCGAAACGAUAAAAAUAGAAAUGGCACGAUAGACAUUUUCUACCGUGCCCACGAUAUCUAUCGUCCUAUCGCCCAGCACUAGUCUCAAUGCGUAAGUAUAGUGCGCAAAAAAUCUUUGAUGCCAUUAUCACCCUGAAAUAGUACUGUUCAACAUGUGCUUUUAACAUGCACCAGACAUGUCCAAUUCAUUUCCAAGAUGAAUUCAUUCAUUUGUUCAUUCCUAUCGUGUUUACAUGUUUUGUGUGAUAUGUCGGCCAUAUAAGCCUUUCAUAAAGGUGGUCAUCCGGAAAAGUAAGUGGGUCCGUGCGGUCCCUGAAAACUCUCGCGCGCCAGAGUUCUCCUCGGACAAUGCGAGCACCGAGGUCUAUAGGAUCCUCCAAGAACUCAUUUUUCAAGAGAGCUCAUUGGUCAGUGGGCGGGGUUUUUAUACUCAGUGAGUUCAAUCUGGAACUUAACCUGCCCCGGAGCAGGUUAGCCGUUCAGCGUACGUUGCCAUGGAGACUCGCCUCGCUAAGAAGUGAACCCGCGUCGUAGAACAGGAAAUCCCGAACUUACCCUCGAAGUUAUCACGCUAAGCAGUAAUCCUGCUUCGUAACAGAAACUUACAAACAGAUCAGAGGUCAGUGUGUUUCUGUUUACAAACAGAUCUGAGGUCAGGUUGUCUCAGUUUACAAACAGAUCUGAGGUCAGUGUGUUUCUGUUUACAAACAUUGUGUUGGUUGUUUAAUUUUGAUAGUUUUUUUUUCUUACAGGCAGCAGACAGUCCCUUUUCAGCUGACUCUCUUUUGACCUCUGGGCCAAUAAUCUCUGACAUCACAGACAUGGUGGUUCCUGCCUCACAGGAAGCUGUCAGUGAUUGGAAGGAUGCAGGGUGAGAAUAACAAACAGACAGACAUGACAUUAGCAGGACUGCGGUAGCAUGGGGACACCAUGGUACGUCGUCUGCCCACUUUUUGUGUGUACAAAAUAAUCUAGAAUAAAUAAGUGGCAGAAGAAAUGAUUGGUCUUAAAACUGGAGUUACUGACAAAGUUCAAAAACACAAAUGUUCCCCCGUAAUCUGACUUAGAUCGUCAGUUUUGUCAUCAUUUAACGGGCAUUUCCUGCACCGCGCUUCCUUCGCACAUCCUCUCCGUUUAUGUGGAGGGUCACGUGCUGUCUAAAACCUUAGACUGUGGACUGAGAGGGACCCUCUAACAGCCAUUCUGGUUCAUUGGCCCAGUUAAACGUGGUUAUUGUAACCACGGGUUACAAUAAAACCCCGUUUUAUCGGAUCAUCAGGAUCCAGUCAAUCCCUGGACCACUGCAGGUUUUUUGGUAAAUUAGAUGGAGACCUCCAGCUCCAGUUGGGAUGCUAGUUUUUUCACUGCAACCAUGCCUGUGUCCACAGCCUCUUGUCCCUCUGUCCUAUCAGCACAGAUUUCUAUUCGUUUAAAUGUCUGUUUCAAACUCUUGAGAAAAAUGGAAUUAUAGAAAAACCAAAAAAACAGCAAGACUGAGGAAAAGAUACAAGAACCUUGGAAGUGCAGCCAUUUUUAGGACGCAAACACAACCAGUUAUUAAAUGGAAAAGCAACCUUCAAGUCUGAACGUUAUCCUUUAGCUUUUCUACCACCGAAGAAGUGGUUUCUGGCAAAAGUCAUGUCAGAGGUCAUGUAAAGACCUAAACAGGCUCAUGAAUUCACUCUUGUCCUGGCUAAUUGUUUAACCUAAGAGUUCACAAAAAGAUUCGCUGUAGUUCAGGAUGACAGACAAACCUUUACGAUGUUUUCUUCCUGAAGACGGAGACUAAACUCCUGAACACCUACAUGUAGACAAAGCAUUAGCUGAUGCCAGAGCAAUGGAUUAAACAGAGUGGCGACAACUUCAGAUCUCGCCGCCGGAGCGGUCACGUGGUUCAUGUACCCCUCCAUAGUUCCAAACGCAGCCUGCACUGUCCAUGCUCUUCAACAGGACAGACUGCAGUGAGCGCGCAUUUAAGAGGUAAAUAUUAAAAUUAACCGUAAAAAGUCAACAUUUGCUACUCUUAUUGGAUUACUGUGUACACGUCAAAGUCACGUACGUAUAUUUAGCGGCUGGAUGACAAAUAAAAGUGAAAUAAGACAAGUUUGGUAACACGUGUUACUUUUUAAUAAGAGAAAAUAAUACAAUAAAGUGGUAAGUAACAGGUGUUACAAGCUGUUUAAACAAUUGUACAAUGUUUUGAUCUUGCAGCAUUUUUCCAUGUUAAACAUACGCCUUAAAUGCUGACAGGAUUUAAAAAGUAGCGGUCCCUUUACUCUAUCAUCCCAUAAGCAGAAAUCAAAUUACAUAGCACUUAUGUUAGUCGAAAAAGAAUAAACUGCACAUAACAUCGAGAACUGAUAAAGGCUGAAAUCUAAAAUAAAGCCCAUAAGUAACCAUCUCAACAUAUGAUUGAUGAUGAUGAUUCAUCUGUGAUUCAUAACUCAGUCACACAAUACAUUUUGGCAGGCCUCUACAGCUGACGACGUCCAGCUAGCGUGGCUAAAAAAUCGAUCCCAAUUCUAAAAAAACGUAAUUACAUUUGUAAUUACAAUUUGAGCAUACUAAAAUUAAAAUCAUUUUACAUAUAAAGGGGUCCCUCGAUACCAUUUACACACGUAUUGGCAUUACAUUCGUUGAUACAAUAUUUUACCUUGGGGAGUGUGGGAGCAAACCGUGGCUAAAAAAAUCAAUCCCAAUUCCUGACUAAAAAAAUGUAAUUACAUUUGGGAUAUACAUUUUUACAUAUAAAGGGGUCCCCUCGAUAUCAAUAACACAUGUAUUGGCAUUAAACUUGUUGAUAUUUUAUCAUUUAACCUCGGUGAGCGCUUGCCUUGUGGCCAUAGAAGUAAACGGCGUCCGACGUGACAGGCGGUCAUGUUGGAACUAUUGAGAGUUCCAUAACCCGGAAGUGGGGUCCGCCGGGCUGUACAGCGUAUGCCUAUGGGAGUGUCGCCACUCUGUUUAAUCCACUGCUCUGGCUGAUUCUGGCCUGGGCAGACACACUUUCAAUUUCAGCUCUAGAAAAAUUGCAUUUCCUUGCAGAAAAUGCGUGGAACUGCUGAGUGCUGAAAUCUGAAAAAACAAUGCAAAACUGCUAAUAAAACAUGGAGAAAGGUAUAAAUGUUAAAGCUGUUGAAGGGGUGAAAAAGAAAUAGAAGUUGGAUAAUUGUUUAAUUGGUUGAAGGACAAAUAGUAUGAAUAUGCUCUAUAAAAGGAAAUUUUAUUCAUGUUGAAAGAGGCUAGAAAAAUGUCUAAAAUUGCACAAAGUUUGAAUGAAGAAGGAAAUUACCUUAAAAGGCAGGAAGGUGAGAAGUGGCAUAAGAUUAAGUUGUAGUACUAGAAGUAGUAUGAUAAGAAGUCAAGUAGUGAUAUUAGUGGUCAUGUCACCAGUAGAAGUAGAUUGAGAAUAAAAGAAGUAUAAGUCAAAGUAGUAGAGAAAGUAGAAAUAGGAGCAAUAGCAGUUGAAGUAGAGGGGAAAGUUCUAGUUUAAUUGACAUUAGCAGUAGUUGUCGUACUAGAGGUGGGAUUUUGUUUGAAGGAUGGAGUAAUUCAUAAAUAUUAAAACUAAUUUAAAACAGGGAAAAUUUAAAUAGUCAUAAAUCCUCAAGUAUAAGAAAGUUUUGAAGUAUUAGAAAGGUUUGAAUCAGUUUGAAUGAGUUUAAAUUAGUUUGAAAAAUUAAUAAAUCGUCACUGAGUGACUUUAAAAUUUGAAAAAUUUAAAUGAAUAACAAUCCUGAAUACACCCCAUAAUGUCCUCAAUGAGCUUAGAUUUUGAAUGGUUUCUGUAGGUCAAAGUUCAUGGAAGGAGAUAGGGGCCGAAGUUUGUCAAGCGCUCUGGUGAAGGGUUUUAAAUGUCACCCUCAGUGCUCUGUGUUCUGAGGCUGGUUUCAUGUGUCUCAUAUGACCGUUAAGGGGCGUUCAGACCAGACGCGACGCGACUUGGCGACGGCUCCCAAUGCAAAGUCUAUGGCCAGCCGCGACCUGACACGACUUGGCGACCGCCGGCUGCCUGCGACGCGACCUGUGUUCACACCAGGUCCAAAGCUGCAGUCGCAGGUCGCGGCUGGUCGCCGGUGACAUCAUCCAUGUCACUAGCUCAGUUUUCAGUUCAUCAGUGCUGCCGCAUAUCUGUACAUCCGCAGUAGACGCCGCCGGCGUUUAUGGGUGCAUGAAACCAUCCGGAGGAGGACGGAGCUGGGUGAAUUUCACCGCUUGCUCCAGGAACUCCGCCUGGACGACGGUCGCUUCCAGCGGUAUUUCCGUGUGUCGACGGCGCAGUUCGAGGACCUCCUCGCCCGGGUGGGAAGCAGCAUCUCCCGCCUGGACACGAAAUACAGGCGCUCCAUCUCAGCUUCGGAACGCCUGUCUAUCUGUCUGUCCCUCAUAUAAACGUCCCUAAGCCCCUUCCACCGCCUGCGGCACACAUCCACUGCAAAGACACACACACAUACGUUGAAACAUGUAGCCUAGCAAGCAGGGGCAGUUAGCUCUGUUUUCAUAAAACAGUCCGCUCACUGAAAUAAAUAAAUAAACAAACAAGCUCACCAGAAAGCCCGACAUCACGGGACACCUUCCCCCAUGCUUCUUCUUUGGCGUUGCGUAGCGGUACAGCCCGCAACCCACGUCGUGUAGCACCGUGUGGUAGCUAACGGAUGUGAUUAACUGCUCCUCCAUUGUGAUUCUUCUUCUCCUCUUCCUUGUUUCGCCGGUUUGUUGACGUCAGCAGAGCCCUGAUUGGCUGUCGCGGCACGGAGUCGCUCCCAGAGUUCAAAUAUUUGAACUUUGGGAGCGACGCGACUUGGCGUCCUGCGACCUCGGCGACGCGCCUUGGCGACUGGUCGCUAGGUCGCGUCAGGUCGCGUCGCAGGCAGCCGGCGGUCGCCAAGUCGCGUCAGGUCGCGGCUGGUCUGAACGCCCCUUUAGAAGCAGCUUUCCAGUCAGCUGUGUGUCCUCAGGUGCACUAAUUGGUUGCCAUGGCGAAGGAAGAUGUGUCACUGUAGCAGGAGAGAGGAGGCUUGAAGCUGAGGAAAUGGCUCUCCAGCUAGGCCCUGAUGGUCAACCUCUGUAUAUAUUCAUGAUAAGGAGCUUGUGAGAACACAAGACUCUGCUGAACACAUUAAUACAAUUUAUUAUCACAAUCCUCAAAACACCCCAUAAUAUCUUCAAUGAGCUGAAUUUUUGAAGCCCUGAAUGGUUUCUGUAGCUCAAUGUUUGUGGGUGGAGAUAGGUGGUGAAGCAGACACAUAAAUACUGUGUGUACAUGCAGGUCUUAUAGGCAGAGACACACACGCACACACAUUGUCAGACUGUGUGUGUGUGUGUGUGUGUCUCGUUAAUUAUUGCAUCCCAAACAGCUGUGAGAUCAAAGGCAUUAACUGACCUACUGUUUGAAUGAGAAGCUGCCUCUGGACUUCUUCACAUAGCAUGAUUUCCUUAAAUCCCAGAAUGAAAAUAAGAACAUCGUACGAGUCCUCCUCCCUUCAUGAACACGAUGUGUUUUUCAUGUCUGUACUUCAAAAAAUGUGGCCACAACAGCGAGUUAAAAAGGUUUGAGCCUGAGUGAUGAUCAGAAUUUUCUUGGAGAAAAAUCACAUUAGGGCCAAUGCGAGGGUUCUUUGCCAUUUCUGGAUCGUUGGUCACCUGCUGGCCAAGGGGUAGGAUUUAAUGAUUUGAAACCUCUUUUGUGAGAAGCAGGACACAUAUACCUCCAUUUUGAUGUAUUUUUUAUGGCUGUGGAGGGAGAUUUGUGAGCGUGGGAGCGAUAUAUUCAAGCGAGGUUUUGUCGAUCCAAGAGGAGCUUAAAUUGUGGGAAUAGUCGACAAGUUAAUGAACAUUUUUAAGCCAAAAUGAGGUCUCUAGGUGAAAGUAUGCUGAAGUUAUUAGGCUGAGAAGGUGGAAGAAUAAGAGGAAGAAUUGGAAGAUUUCCCCAUUGACUUCAAUGUUAAAAUUUUUGCACAAAAAGUUAAAAAAGCAAAAAGUAUAAAGGAUAGAAAAGUGAAAAGUACAUCCGCACAUGUCCUGAAGGAGUGGAAUAGUUUAAAGUUGAACAGUUGAAAUCGCACAAAGUUUGAAGGAGGAGAAGAGGUCCAAAAAAGGUACGGAAGAAAAAUAAGUUUCAUAAUAAUAAAGAAACGGGAGAAUAACAACAAGUGGAAACGCUUAAUCAGCAUUUCCACUUAAGAAUAAAGAACAAAGUAACAAUAAGAAUAAUAAUAAAGAAAUGGGAGAAUAACGUUAAGUGGGAUUGCCUUAUCAGCAUUUCCACUUAAUAAAAAUAAUAAUACAAUAAUAACAAUAAUAAUAAUAAUAAUAAUAAUAAUGAUAAUAAUAAUAAUAAUAAUACAAUAAUAAUGAUAAUCAUAAUAAUAAUAAUAAUACAAUAAUAACAAUAAUAAUAAUAAUAAUAAUACAAUAAUAACAAUAAUAAUAAUAAUAAUACAAUAAUAACAAUAAUAAUAAUAAUAAUACAAUAAUAAUGAUAAUAAUAAUAAUAAUAAUAAUAAUACAAUAAUAACAAUAAUAAUAAUAAUAAUAAUAAUACAAUAAUAACAAUAAUAAUAAUAAUAAUAAUACAAUAAUAACAAUAAUAAUAAUAAUAAUACAAUAAUAAUGAUAAUAAUAAUAAUAAUACAAUAAUAACAAUAAUAAUAAUAAUAAUACAAUAAUAACAAUAAUAAUAAUACAAUAAUAAUGAUAAUAAUAAUAAUAAUAAUAAUAAUAAUACAAUAAUAACAAUAAUAAUAAUAAUACAAUAAUAACAAUAAUAAAAAUAAUAAUUCAAUAAUAAUAAUAAUAAUAAUAAUAAUACAAUAAUAAUAAUAAUAAUACAAUAAUAACAAUAAUAAUAAUAAUAAUAAUACAAUAAUAACAAUAAUAAUAAUAAUAAUAAUACAAUAAUAACAAUAAUAAUAAUAAUAAAGGAGACACAGUGUCUCCUUUACACCUACCUGUCAGGUGAGCACUCUAAUAACUAAUAGGCAGUCUGUAAAUGCUCUCUAAUUGGUCAGUAAGCACUAACCCGGUGCCCUCCCCUCUCGGUUUGUCUGCAGAGAGAUCCAAUCAAAAAUCAAACAGGAGCUGCACAGCCCAGAUGUUGACGUGAUGUCUGUCAUUGAAGGCGGAGCCACAAAUGUAGACACGCCUCUUUCUCCAACCACCUUCAUCAACUCCAUCCUGCAGGACAACGAGACGCAGACACGGCCCACCAGCUCAGCCCCAACAUCAGGUAACAGCUGCACCUGUGAUGGGGCGGGGGGGUCCCAGAGCUCUGACCAAUCAGAGCAAAGAUCCCAGAGCUCUGACCAAUCAGAAGAAAAAACUCAGAGCUUCUCUUCUUCUCUCUCAGUCAGUCCCAUCAUCAUGAUGAGCCCCCCCCUCGCUGAGCCCCUCCCACUAACACCAGCUGGCCUAUCAACGUCCUCCAUCUCUACCCUCAGCUCCAAAUCCCCCAACAAACCCCAGCCCAGCUGCCAGACUGUGGCCCUCAUCGACAGGUAAGAACCACACACCUGUUUGUCCUGAAGAUGACCUGGGAUCUGCCGCUGGAGGAAAAAGUUCCUGUCAGAGCUACUCCAUCCUGUUUUUUGUUUUUUUUGUUUUUUUGUGAACAAGUGAAUUUACAAACUAGUCAGGCAAAGAAUUAGUGCCAAAGGUUCCUGAAGCGCAGACCCAGUAUUUUAAACUAUAAAAAUAAAAAGACAAACAGGAUAAUAGAAGUGUUCACCUUCAUUAUUGAACAUUAAAAGAAAGUCUCAGGGUCAGACAGAUUUAAGGGACUAAAAGGUCGUGAAGUAAUCUGGUUUAGAAACGUCAUAAUUAAAGAAUUAAUGAAACAUUAAUCAUGAAGUCCAAGUGUUUGUCUUUGAAAAUAAAAACAAAGGUCACCAAAACUUUACUGACAUUUCUAAUGAUGAGAACAGUGAUGUUCCCUGUCUGUGUGUCUGUCCCUCUGUCUCUGCCCCUUCAGUUUGUCUGUCCCUCACUUUAUCACCUGUCUGUGCGUCCGUCCCUAAGUCUCUCACCUGUCUGUGUGUCUGUCCCUCAGUCUCUCACCUGUCUCUGUCCCUCAGUCUCUCACCUGUCUGUGUGUGUGUCUGUCCCUCAGUCUCUCACCCGUCUGUGCUUCCGUCCUUCACUUUCUCACCUGUCUGUAUGUCUGUCCAUCUGUCUCUGCCCCUUCAGUUUGUCUGUCCCUCACUUUAUCACCUGUCUGUGCGUCCGUCCCUAAGUCUCUCACCUGUCUCUUUUUCUGUCCCUCACUCUCCAACCCGUCUGUGUGUCUGUCCCCCAGCCUCUAACCCGUCCAUGUGUCUGUCCCUCAGUCUCUCACCUGUCCAUGUGUCUGUCCCACAGUUUCUGACCUGUCUGUGUGUCUGUCCCUCAGUCUCUCACCUGUCCGUGUGUCUGUCCCUCAGUCUCUCACCUGUCUGUGUGUCUGUCCCUCAGUCUCUCACCUGUCUGUGUGUCUGUCCCUCAGGUCUGAACUGGCAGAUCAUGUGGACAGUAUUGACAGCAGUUUGGAGAACCUUCAGAACGUCCUCAACACUCAGAGUUUCGGCUUUGAUGCGUCUCCUCUCAUGGAGGUUCGUCUGUUCCUCACUUCAUCCUGAUUGUAACAAACGUUUAUCAUAAACCAGUUAUCAUAUAUGUGUGUGUGUGUGUGUGUGUGUGUGUGUGUGUGUGUGUGUGUGUGUGUGUGUGUGUGUGUAGUUUUUCAGUGCUCCGUGUUCCUCCUCAGACUUUGACCUCGACUCUUUGGACAUCGUAAGUUUAAAAGACUUUUUUAAACCAUUAUCAUAAUACAAGGUAAACUCAGGUGUGAACAGGUUAUGUCAGGUUAGGCCUGUCGCGAUAAUCAAUAAAUCUCCUUAUCGCUCGGUAAAUAAAAACGAGGUCGAUAACUUUGCCAGCCUCGAUAAUUGACGUGCGUUUGUUUUCCUCCUCUCUCUACCAAACACGCUGGAUGAGAGAAGAGGUCUCACUCUGAGCAUUGUUCUCGGCACCUGGGGGCGUUGGCUCUAUAGCGGAAUGAACGGAGUUAGUGAACCCUCCUGUCAGUCAUUCAGUGUCUUUGUCACGAGGGGGCGCGCGCACAGGCACACAGACAGACUUUUGGAUACAGUGCUGCAAGUGAGCGUCGUGAGUGAAAAGCAAGCAAACAGAAUGAACACGACAGCUUUGGUGUCUAAACCGAACGCAACAGCCCAAGUGUGGGAAUAUUUCGGCUUUAAACCAGUUUUGUUUUCGUCAACCACAAAACUCCACGUGUGUGUGUGCGCGUGUGUGUCUGUGUGUUGGAGGAGCACAGCAGGCUGAUGAGAGCUGUCAGAGCGGACUGAAGCUGCUCCUGUAUGUUUAGCGUUUAACUGACUGAGUUUUGAAACUCUGUUCGUCAUUUUCGUCUCGUCCCAUCAACGUAAACGCACUUUCGUCUCGUCACAUUUUAGUCAUCUCCGACUUCUGUUUAGCUCGUCAACGUUACGUCUUCGUCGUGGAAGAAAAGGGAAAUAUUUUUGUCAACGAAAACAACCAGUGUUGUUCUCGUUGACGAAAAUAUUUCCCUUUUUUGACGCUGGCGUUGACGAAAAUAUUUGACGAAAUAUGACGAAAACAACACUGCUUUAAACCAAAUGAAAGAGGUGAGCCCACAAAUACGGACGAGCCGAUAUGUCGUAUUUGUUCCAAAGUUGUGGUGACAAAGAAGGGGAAUACGACGAACAUGCAUGUACACCUCAAGCACAAUCAUCCCCUCCAUUUUUCUCAACUGAGAAAAAAAAGUUUCACCGGAGGUGCUGCGGAGCCAUCGUCCCGACAGGUACUGCUUACUGAAGCGUUUGGUAAGCAAAGCAAAUAUAAACAAAACAGCGCAAAAUGGUGACAGACAGUGGAAAUUAAAGUUUAUCACUUUUGACAUGGUGUACUCGCAUUAUUAUGCCAUAUAAUAUCUUUAUCUAUAAUUUAAAAAACAAUGUCAAUAAUAUCGUUUAUCGGCAAUAAUUUGUAGCACAAUUAUCGUCCAGCAAAAUUUGUUAUCGUGACAGGCCUAUGUCAGGUGUAUCCAGGUAAACUCAGGUGUGAACAGGUAAACUCAGGUGUGAACAGGUAAACUCUGGUGUGAACAGGUAAACUCAGGUGUGAACAGGUAAACUCAGGUGUGAACAGGUAAACUCAGGUGUAUACAGGUAAACUCAGGUGUAUACAGGUAAACUCUGGUGUUAACAGGUAAACUCAGGUGUUAACAGGUAAACUCAGGUGUAUACAGGUAAACUCAGGUGUGAACAGGUAAACUCAGGUGUGAACAGGUAAACUCAGGUGUGGACUCAGGUUUCCCUCAGGUCUCACCUGUGGUCGUGUUAUGAAGGGGACAGAAGGAGGUGUGUCCUCUUCGUAACAUUUGUUCAUUGAUGAUUUCACUCAGGAGUAACUGUGACGUCACUUCCUCUUUCAGUUGCUGUCAGGAGACUCUGCUAAAGGAAGUGAUGUCAGCAGCACUGCCAUCCAGCCAGGUAACACACCUUUAAACCUUUGAAUCCCUGUAUGUAUGAUUGUUGUCAUGGUGACCCCUCUGCUUCUCUCUGAUAGGUCCAGGGAACCAGCUGGUCCAGUACACGGCGCCGUCCGCCCCGACAUCUGAACCAAUCAGCUCAGGGGAGGGCGGGGCUUUCCUGCCCUCAUUACUGGGGCUGGAGGCGGAGUCUUUUUUCAACACGGACCCACCCACCGACGACCCUUCAGGGGCCCUGCUUAGCCACACCCAAAUCGACCCUGACCUCUGACAUCCUCUGCAGAGGAAGGGGCAUAGAAUGAUCUGUCAACAUAGCAACAGGACAGCAGUACUAACAGCUCAUAUUGACCAGAUCAGUCAGGGGUCAAAGGUCAAAAUUGAUUCUGACCAAUAACAAAGAAGUCUGUAUGUUUCUUCUUUUUCUUCUACUUGUAUUAUGUUGGCAGGUCUUCUGCUUCUAUCAUUUAGAUCUUCUUCUUCUGCACCUUUCAUUUUAAGCUUGUUUAUUUCUCUAAUGAGUUUCCGGAUGGCACCUUUAGGCUGUGAUGAUAUCACGUCAUCAUGUGACCCAGCUGUUCGCUGUCCUGCAUGCAUGCAGAUUGGCCGCAAUUGUGUCUACAUUUAUUUUUGUCUGAAAUUGAAAUUUAUGGAUGUUGUUGUUACCAACGAGUCCCGUUACCAUGGAGACCAUCAGCUUGAAACAGAGAGAGUCCAGGUAUCACGCACAAUAACACCUGUGUGUGUAUUUAAUGGUGUGUGUUUGUUAAGAAGAGGGGCAUCGUGGGAAGAACAAAUAGAGUCGAAUGUUAAAGUGUUUCAAAGUAGCUGAAAAUCUUUGACUUCAAAACUUUAUUUAAAUAAAUAUUUUUGUAAACCAUAA